CACAAUACUUUAUAUGCAUCAGAAAUGCUGGCCAAGAUGGCAGAGCCUUUCACAAAGGCUCUGGAUAUGCUUGAAGCGGAGAAAUCUGCAAUUUUAGGCUUACCUCAACCUCUCUUGGAACUGAAUGACUCUCCUGUCUACAAAACGGUCUUGGAAAGAAUGCAGCGUUUCUUCUGCACCCUCUAUGAAAACUGUUUCCAUAUUCUCGGGAAGGCGGGUCCUUCCAUGCAGCAGGACUUCUACACUGUGGAGCACCUUGCUACUCAGCUCCUCAGCUCGGCCUUUGUCAACUUGAACAAUAUUCCUGACUACCGACUCAGACCCAUGCUUCGGGUCUUUGUGAAGCCUCUGGUGCUCUUCUGUCCCCCGGAGCACUAUGAAGCCCUGGUGUCUCCAAUCCUUGGACCUCUUUUCACCUACCUCCACAUGAGGCUUUCCCAGAAAUGGCAAGUCAUCAACCAGAGGAGCCUGCUGUGUGGGGAAGAUGACACCGCAGAUGACAACCCAGAGUCUCAAGAGAUGUUAGAAGAACAACUGGUGAGGAUGUUAACCCGAGAAGUCAUGGACCUAAUCAGUAAGUGGCAUGUGGGACGUAGGGGUAGUAGGGAAGACUUUUUCUGGAAAAAGAACUGGUUGCUCACCCAAUCCCAUUAAGGCAUGUUUACAGCAUUACUGACAGAUCGAUUAAGAAAUAAUUAACUAGGUAGAAGCCAGGUAGUCCUUAAAUCAACUUAAGGACAUUCUAUGAAUUGUAAACUGUAUUGUGUUUGUAAGACCAGAAUAUGCGGGAAUGGUCUAAAAUAGCAGGAGAAAUUUGGAUUAAUGGUAGGAGUAACUUCCUAGUUUUGUCAAAAUAGGGGGGGGGGAAAUUU